GCUGUGAGCACGGUACCGAUGGACGUCGUGGUGCCUGACCCGCCACCCUCCCGCCUGUCGGGGUCAUCAUCUGCGCGCCGAGAAUCCAUCGUGGAAAAAAGACAAACGCGAUGGCAGAGGAAGAGCGCAUCGAGAUUCUGCAGGAUGGCGAUUAUCCGGGCUCCCGCUUCCUGCAAUUUCUGCUGCUGCUGUACGGAAUGCAUACCCCGUUCUCCGUCCUGUACAUACCCUCGCCAAUCCGUCGUCGUCCAGCUGCUCCAUUCCAGACUCUGGUGCUCUCCUUGUUGACCCAUGACCUGGUUGAGCGGCCUGCUGGUUCAGAUUCAAUCUGCGCUUCAUUCGGCUAAAUUUCCCGCCUGCGCUCUCGUUGGGUGUUGGCCAGCUGCCUCCCCCAUGGAGCCGGCUCCGGCACAGCACAGACAGCUUCGCGCCUCUUGGCUGCCCAGCGGACC